GUCUGCUCCAUUCUGAUGAUCUAAAACUACUCUGGAGUACAGUUUGGAUUCUUGUACAGAUUUGCGAAGAUCCUGAUACCAGUGUUGAAAUUCGAAUUUGGGGUGGAAUCAAACAACUCCUUCAUAUUUUGCAAGGGGAACGAAGUCUGUUUUUGGAUUGUUCUUCUAUUGGGAGUUUAUCUAGUGCAAACAUAGCUGGGAGAAUCCAGCAGCUUCAUUUAUCAGAAGAGUUAAACCCUCAUGAAAUACAAGAAAAUACAUUUUCUCUUCAAGCAGGAGAAUGGAGUAUAUACAAUAGCAAAGCUGCUUUUACCUAAUAAGCAAAGGAAUAUAGCAAAGGCUAAUUUAUUACAGUGUUAUGCAUUCAGAGCCCUGAGAUUUCUUUUUAGUAUGGAAAGAAAUCGACAUCUUUUUAAAAGGCUCUUUCCUACAGACUUGUUUGAAAGCUUCAUAGAUGUUGGGCAUUAUAUUCGUGAGAUCAGUGCCUAUGAAGAGCUAGUAUUGAAAUUAAAUGCAUUACUGGAGGAUGAAGUUAAGCAAAUUGCUGAAAAUAUUGAAAAUAUUAAUCAGAAUAAAGCACCUAUGAAAUACAUAGGCAAUUAUGCAGUUUUGGAUCAUCUUGGCAGUGGAGCAUUCGGAAGCGUUUAUAAGGUUAGAAAACAUAGUGGCCAAAACUUUCUAGCAAUGAAAGAGAUUAAUUUACAUAAUCCAGCAUUUGGAAAAGAUAAAAAAGAUCGAGAGAGCAGUGUAAAGAACAUUGUCUCCGAAUUAGCCAUAAUUAAAGAACAGCUUUAUCAUCCCAAUGUUGUACGAUACCACAGAACCUUUUUAGAAAAUGAUAGAUUGUAUAUAGUUAUGGAGCUUAUAGAAGGAGCACCCCUUGGAGAACACUUUCAUUCUUUGAAGGAAAAACAACAACAGUUUACAGAAGAGAGAAUAUGGAAUAUAUUCAUUCAACUGUGUUUAGCUCUUCGGUAUUUGCACAAAGAGAAAAGGAUUGUCCAUAGAGACCUCACUCCAAACAAUAUCAUGCUGGGAGAUAAGGAUAAAGUAACAAUCACUGACUUUGGUCUUGCAAAGCAAAAACAGGAGAACAGUAAACUCACUUCAGUAGUUGGAACUAUUCUGUAUUCCUGCCCUGAAGUUGUAAAGAGUGAGCCAUAUGGUGAGAAGGCUGAUGUCUGGGCUUCAGGAUGUGUUUUAUAUCAGAUGGCAACACUCAACCCUCCAUUUUAUAGCGCCAACAUGCUCUCCUUAGCAACUAAAAUAGUAGAAGCUGUUUAUGAGCCAGUACCUGGAGGUAUAUAUACUACAAAGAUAUCAGCUGUCAUAAAAAAGUGUUUGACCCCUGAUGCAGAGAUCCGUCCUGAUAUAGUAGAGGUCAGUUCAAUGAUUUCAGAUGUUAUGAUGAAGUAUUUAGAUGGAUUAUCAAAUUCCCAGCUUGUCUUGGAGAAGAAAUUGGAACGUGAAAGAAAGCGUACUCAGAGAUAUUUCAUGGAGGCCAAUAGGAAUGCAAUAAAAUGUCACCAUCAACUUGCUGUGUUAUCUCAGGAACGUUAUGAAAAAUCAAGUCUCAGUAGCAGUAGUAGUGGAGCAGCUAGUUUAAAAAGUGAAUUUUCUGAAAAUAUUGAUAUUCUAUCUGAAAACCUCCAUAAAUUUUCUGGAAAAGAUGAAGAGAAAGAUGAAACCCUGUCAGAUGAUAACUGCAUUUUAGAAAACACAGAAAAAGAUAUUUUCUCGGAAUUUGGUGAUGAAUUGGAUAUUGCAGAUCAUUCUAGCAGUUCUAGUUCAAGUCCCCUUAAAGAGUCAGCAUUUGGUAUAAAACGCAGCUUAAGUGCUUAUGAAAGACAGCCUCAGGCAAGAGAUUACACUAGAAUUCCAGGAUUCAGACCAAGACCCGCAUCAGCUGGGAUUGCUGUGUCACAACGGAAGGUGCGUCAGAUCAGUGAUCCUAUUCAACAGAUUCUAGUUCAGCUGCACAAAAUUAUUUACAUCACUCAGCUGCCACCAACUCUGCAUUGCAAUUUGAAAAGAAGAAUUGUCGAGAGAUUCAAGAAAUCUUUAUUCAGUCAGCAGAGUAAUCCAUGUAAUUUGAAGUCUGAGAUUAAGAAGGUACUUCAAGGUUCCCCAGAAUUGAUUGAACCUAAUUUUUUGACUUCAGAUUGCCAUUUGUUGCUUCACUCUUCAAGUGGCAGUACUUUAGUCCUAGAUGACAGACCUGGUCUACUUGGCACUUUUGACAUGGAUGAAGGAAUGACAUAUGAACAAAUGCAGACUGUAGUUGAAGAGGUUCUGGAGGAAUGUGGAUAUUACAAUUUUACCUCAAGCAGGUAUCAAUACUAUCCUUGGGGAGCAAGAAAUCAUUCAGCCAGAAGAUGAGCACGUGUAAUUUUGACUACAUUGGCAGAUUUUCUAAUAAGGUCUAAAUGUCUUGACUUUAGCUGUUAUUUUCCCAAUGAUAAAGGGAAACACUGGAUAAAACACAAGACAAAAGGAAACACACAGGAAACAGAAAUCAUUCAGAUCUUCUAUGUAGCUUACAAAGAAUCAUCAAGCAAUAGAACUCUAGUGUAUGUCUUUGGCAGUAGGUAUAUGCAAUAUAGUUAUGAUGUGGUUUAUGCAAAAGAUAUGGUUUAUGCAAAAUGUAAACAUUUUUCCAAGUACUUCGACUAAGAUGACAAUGCACAGUUCUUCAGCACAUUCUUGAUUUUUGGAAUGGCCUGUUGAAUACUCAGGCUUAUUAGAAAUCUUAGUUUUUACAGAUUUCUUAAUACCAGAGAGUCUAUUUUUUAUAAUAGAAUAUAUUUUAGACAGAGAGCAAUUUAGAAUGUCUAAGGAAAGGAUACAAAGUCUAUCUAUAUUAAAAUCAAAAAUAACUGGGGAAUCGGAAAAGAGCAUUCCAAAUACUGCUUUAAUUAUUUGAAAUAGUUGGGAUUUAUACUGCAAUAAUACAGACAGUAUUUACAGCUUUCACAAUUUCUAACAUUUGUUAAAAGAUUAGUGCACGAAACAUGCUUAGAUUCUAUAGUAAAUAUUAAUAUCUAGUCUAGAUAUAGAUGUAAAGCCACACAAAAACAUGUACAUAUAUAUUUAUAUUAAACAAAUACUGUAAUUAAUUAUUAUUGCUAAUUAGAUAUGGCAUUGCAUUUUUAAAAACUGGAAAUCUUUCUGAAAAAUGUUUAUAAAAUAGUAGUGCACACAUUAUUAUCUGGACAUUUCUUUACCUUUAUACCUUUGGCAUAUUUUUAGCUUUACUAAAUCUUUUAAAUUUAGUAAAUACUGAGUAAAUGUAUGGUUAUCUACAGUGAGGAUGUAAGUUUUAUAGAUUGUAGUAAUGUAGUAAUUUCCAAAUUCCAUUGACUUUUUAAAAUAAUAUAUUUGAAAAUUUUAAUAUAGGCUUUAAUCUUUGAACAUGUAAGAUGAAGGACAAUAUCCAAUAUUGUCUUAGGGGAUUGAAAGAGAAAAGGAAAUCAAUUCUACCAACUGUAUCUGUUAAUAUACUGUUGGUUUACAUAAAAUGUAAUGUAUAUGUAUGUUAACAAUAUUUUUGAAGUUACACGCUUACAGUAAUUUAAAUUACUAGGAGGCAUAUUACUUAAUAUAGCAUACUAUAUUUAGUUAAGGGAGAUGUGGAGGGAGGCCUAGGAAAAAAGUACGUUCAGAUUUGCCUAUUCUAACAUAUCUUAAUCUGCUACAAAUUAUAAAAUGAAUUUGAGAUAAAACAAAAAGGAUGUUUGAAAUCAAAAUAAGAAAACUGCAACAAAAUACUACAAAGCAAAAAUACCAUCUAGCAUUGCAAUUUAUCACUUUUAAAAGGCAAUAAUACUUCAGCAAUGUUUUCUGCAUUUAGGUGCUGAAGUUGGUAAUGAAGAUGCACAUACUGAAACUUUCAGUAGGACUGCAUGACUUAGAGAUUAGCUAGGUUCUUAUAUGUAUGUACGGUGUGUUUUAAGGGGUAUAGACCUUCUCUACAUUUUGCUUGUUCACUACAAUAAAAUCAAUA